GGUCCGCCUUUGCUUUGACUCCUUUCCCCGCACGGGAGGCAGUUUCGCGCUGGCUUUUCUUGCGCAAAUGUACAGAUCUCGCCUCCUCGGCUCGGCCGUCCGGGCAAGGUCCAUGGCGACCGCACGUGAAGGUCUGGGGAGCGAGAAGAAAGUCGUGCAUUGUUUCUACGAUGUAGUGUCUCCCUAUUCCUGGCUUGGAUUUGAGAUUAUCUGCCGAUACCGCCCCAUCUGGAACAUGGACCUGCGUUUUCGGCCUGUUUUCCUUGCAGGCAUAAUGAAGGAGACGGGUAACCGGGCCCCGGCAUUGUUGCGUGAGAAAGCAGUCUACAUGACGCAGGACCUCCAGCGUUUGGGAAAGUUCUGCCAGGUGCCAUUGCGACCACCAAAGGAUUUCAUGGGGACUGUUAUUGAGAAGGGUAGUCUGCCUGCCAUGCGUUUUCUCACAGCUGUGGAUAUACUACAGCCAGAGUUUGUGGAGCCCGUGUCUAAAGAAUUUUGGAUGCGCAUUUGGUCCAGAGAUGAAGACAUCACCCAGCCAGAAAGUAUCUUGGCGGUUGCAGGGAAGGCAGGGUUACCCUCAGACAAAGCCCAGAAGCUUCUGGAAAUGAGCACCUCACCUGAGGUGAAGAAUCAUCUGAAAGAAACAACCAGUGAAGUACUGAGAUACGGGGCAUUCGGGGUGCCAUGUUUUGUUGUCCAUGUCGACAGCAAGCCCCAGCUUCUCUUUGGUUCAGAUCGUUUAGAACUGCUGGGGAGUCUUUUGGGAGAGAAAUGGCUGGGGCCAGUUCCUACAUCUUCUAAGCUCUAGAAGUUAGAGGAUAUCUGAGCAACAAGAUGGAGUGUUUGCCUUGUCGACUUCCAAUUGGUCAGCACAGCUGUUCCGACCCACAGAUGGAUGGCUCUUCAGUCUGGAAAACGGAGAUGUAAACCAACACCACACCAACACAGUUCCUGGUGCUGCAGAAAGGAACACAGAGCUCGCCCCCAUGUGCAGUGCAAGUCAUGCACACUCUUCCAUGCCUAAUGUGCACCUGAUGCAUCCUGAAAUUUCUUUCCUGCCAUGGUCCUUCCUUGCCUCUUCCGCCAUACUUUCCUCCUCUCCCACCUGAGCUUUCCUUUCCCAUGCCUCCAGACUCACCUCCUGCCCCAGCCACUCUGAUUUCCUCCUCUUGCAACCCUUUCCUGUGGGCUCCACGGUGGUGAGAAGAGAAGGUCAUCAGCAUCCCCAGUCUCUGCACUGGAUCAGUAGCAUCGAGUGCUCCAUGUGAACGCCAUUUGGAUUUUGAUCUUCUGAAAUCCAAGUGUGUCAAAAAUCUGCCUUAGAGCAGGUCUCCAGUAUCUGUUGCAGGCAAACCCAACAUUUUUGAACCUCUGGGCACAUCUGGGAAACUGAAAUCGCUGUAAGCAUCGCCACUAAAUUGUCCCCAUGGAGAAAGUGGCUGGGGAGGGGAGAGAGACAGCGAGGCUUCAGGCUGGGAAGGAGCGGGAGAUGUCAGGAAUUGCUCCCUGGUCUCCACAAGCAUCUGGCUGCAGAGGCCGCCUGCGCACUGCCUGCCCCUGCUAGGUCUCUUCCUAACCCUAGGAAACAUCACUGCUGUUUCUCCCACUCCCAGCCUCUGACUUUGCUGUGCUGGCCACCUCCUAGCUCUUUCCUUCCCCUGUCCCUCCUUGGCCUUCCUUUCUCUUUCUGCAGCAGGUUCAGAAACAGGACAUGUUCCUAUUUUUGUUUUGGACGAAGGUGGGCCUGCAGAGCCACCAGAGGUGCUGCGCGGGGGCCAUGCGCCGCUCUGCCAAGCAGCAACUCUGCAGAGUCUCUGGCAGAGCUGCUUUUGCUGGCCCCUUUCGCGAACGCUGCCAGGAGUCGGACUGUGUAGAAAGCCUGCACGCUGCCGCAGUGCAGCAGCUGGCGCCGUUUUCCUUUUGUGCUUGCUUUUGUCCACUUGCAUGUCUCGCGUAUUUUAGUACCCAUCAAAGCCUUGAGUAACUUCAUACAACAAUUCUGGAUAAUACAGAUGAGGUGAACAAGCAGUUUGGAAAGGCACUUGAAAUGAAUUACAGACAGGCAGAUCUCCCA